UUAGACUAAUCGAAGGUAUUUUCAAAUGAACCAAAAUAUAUGAAAUAUACAUUGGGAGUCUGUGUUUAAGAGAACCUCUAAAGAAAAGAAAGAAAAGGUCUUUCUUCCCGUCGGCCACACUCUCUCGCUUGAUCGCACAGCAAGGCCAUCCCCCCAUCUCCGAUCGUUCUGCUGCCGGCCGGCCAGUCGUGUAGAAUUGCCAGCAGUCCGCCGGAGGUAAGGGACUGAGUUUCAGUUAAAUUUGUUCUGCUGCUGUUUGAGGGACGGCGUUUUUGACAUCAUGGUUAAUGCUAUUAAAGGGAUGUUCAUCUCCUGUGACGUACCUAUGGCACAAUUUAUCAUCAAUUACAAUGCCUCCUUGCCUGCAUCCCAUAGAUUUAUAAUCCAUAUACUGGAUAACACUCACAUGUUUGUGCAACCCCAUGUAGCUGACAUGAUUCGGAACGCCAUCUCAGAAUUUCGAGAUCAGAUUUCUUAUGAGAAACCUACUUGAGCCAUGUUGUUAAUCGAAGUUUCACUAUAUAAUUGUAUUUUUUUUUUUUUUUUUUGGAGUUAUAGAUUUUGCUUCUAAAAUUUAUUGUGCAUUUAAACAGUUUUACUUUGUAGUGAUGUCUCUCCACUAUGCAAUGUAUAUCAUCUGACUUGAAGAUCUAAAAUGGCAGAGACUGGUCAUUUUUAAGGUGGACACCAAAUUUAAAAUAAUAUAUUUCUCUUUAAAAAGGUAA